AUCCUUCCAAGGUGGAGCUGAAUUGACAUUUUUGUUUAAAUAGACCGAAAAUCAAAGCAAAUGUGACAUAUUUACUAUGACCUAUGGAGUGUGGAGCUGCUGUCGCCUGGGUCUUUCAGCUGAGCGCGCAGCGGGGACGCAGAGGCAGACUAUGGAUGACCCCACAGGGAGAGACCGCGUCAGCAGCUCCGGCGGCGCCGAGGAACAGUCAGCGCGGCGGCCCGGGCUCCAGCAGAGGGAAAAGUGGGCUAACAAGAGGGAGUUCCUGCUGUCCAUGGCCGGCGAGAUCAUUGGCUUGGGCAACGUGUGGCGCUUCCCCUACCUAUGCUACAAGAACGGCGGAGGUGUGUUUUUCAUCCCAUACUUUGUGUUCCUCUUCUUCUGCGGCAUCCCGGUGUUCUUCCUGGAGACGGCUUUGGGCCAGUACACCAGCGAGGGCGGGGUCACAGCUUGGAGGAAGAUUUGCCCCAUGUUUGAGGGAAUCGGAAUAGCGUCGCAGGUGAUCGUGUUGUACCUGAAUGUGUACUACAUCGUGGUUUUGGCCUGGGCUCUCUUCUACUUGUUCAGCUCUUUCAGGAGCCCUUUGCCGUGGUCCACAUGCAGCAACACCUGGAACACAGAGAGCUGUCACAACCAGAGCAGCGCUCAUGGAAACUGGACCUUUGUGAAGAAUAUUAGCGUACAGUAUGAGUACAGUGAUUUCAACAACGUUUCCUUCCUUAAAACCCCAGAAGAGGAAUUUUGGAAUAACAGGGUGCUGGGGCGGACAGCAGACCUGGCCCAGCCGCUGGGCAGCGUGCGCUGGGACCUGGCGCUCUGUCUCCUGCUGGCCUGGGUGAUCUGCUACUUCUGCAUCUGGAAAGGAGUCAAGACCACAGGCAAGGUGGUCUACUUCACAGCCACGUUCCCCUACCUCAUGCUUAUCAUCCUAUUCAUCCGAGGCCUGUCGCUUCCUGGAGCCUGGGAAGGAAUCAAGUAUUACCUCCUGCCAGACAUAAGCAAGGUUACCAGUCCCGAGGUGUGGCGUGAUGCCGGGACACAGGUGUUCUUCUCAUACGCCGUGUGCCAAGGAGUCCUCACGGCCCUGGGCAGCUACAACAGAUACAACAACAACUGCUUCAAGGACUGCCUGGCUCUCUGCUUGUUGAACAGCGGCACCAGCAUAUUCGCAGGCUUCGCUGUGUUCUCUGUGCUGGGCUUCAUGGCCAAUGAGCUUCACAUCUCCAUGGAGCACAUAGUCCAGUCUGGGCCUGGGUUGGCAUUCAUAGCCUACCCCAAAGCACUGGCGCUGUUACCGUGGGCACCGCUGUGGUCCGUGCUCUUCUUCCUCAUGGUGGUCUUCCUCGGUCUGGAUAGCCAGUUCGUGUGUGUGGAGAGCCUGGCUACGGCGCUCACGGACAUGUUCCCGCGCGUGCUGCGGCGGGCGGGCCGGCGGGAGCUGCUGACGCUCGUCAUCGCAGUAGUCUGUUUCCUGCUGGGGCUGCCGCUCGUCUCCGAGGGCGGAGUCCACCUCUUCCAGCUGAUCGAUACCUAUGGCCCCAGUGGCACCAGUCUGCUCUUCAUCGCCUGCUUCGAGACCAUCAGCAUCGCAUGGAUCUAUGGCGCGGACCGUUUCUAUGACAACAUCGAGGACAUGAUCGGCUACCGGCCGCCGCGUGUUGUGAAGUACUGCUGGCUGUUAGUGACCCCCCUCAUCUGUGCGUCCACCCUGAUAUACGACAUGGCCGUCAGCCCGCCCAUGGGGAAGUCAGCGUCGCCCUGGGGGACCGUCCUGGCCGGCCUGCUGAUGCUCACGCCCAUCCUCUGCAUCCCCAUCUUCAUCCUGGUGAAACUUCUCAAAGGUUCCGGCGGGAUGACGGUGCCCUCUGCUGACCUGCGGCAGCGCUGGCCGCAGAAGCCCAGGCUGACGCUGUGCAGCCGCGUCGUCAGCAGGGGGCAGAGAGUCGCGGGCGGAGGAGCAGGAGAGGAGAAGCUGCCCAUGCAGGCCCAGGGACCAGGAGGAGCGCAGUGACCCGGGACACCAGCCCAGUGCUGCCUAAGAACUGGUGCAUCCACACUGUUAAAACAGCAGUAACUAUGGCAACACCCAGGCCUGGCUCCUCAAGCCCAGCCCCCCUGUCAUAACCCCCCCCCCCAAGAGAGUCCUGUGGCCCCCCCAGGAUUUCACAGCUGGAUCCAGGCCUGCUAAGAUUUUUAAAAUUCAUCCUGUUUCUUAUUUCUCUUAUUGUGUGUGAUGCUCAGUGCGGAUACUUGGGAGUUUCUUCACCGCUCUGUUUUGUAAAUGAAUGACUGGUAUUAGCACCUCCUGCCUGCUGAACACAGCUGCGCAGGUGGCUGCUUUGUCUGCCUGCGCUCUGUACAGCCAGGCACAGCCCAGCCCCCCACCCCCCACUACCUGGCUGCAUUUUCACUCCUUUCUGCUUUUUUGCAUCCUGGCAUUUUGCAAUGCUAUCCACCGCUUACAUUAAGUUUACUUAUCGCAUCGUGCCUGAAAACGGCUCAUAGGUUCAUGCUCAUUCACCCAACACUCAUGACCCUGGUAACUGACAGCCCUGGCAUUGGUUAAUGUCACAUGGAUAUAUCACACCCUGACCACUUGGGGGCGCUGGAGGAUUGCAGUACCCUGUGCACUCCUGCUGUGCUCAGGCCACCCAGAGGCAUGACGUUAGCCUUCGACUGACUCCCACAGAGAGUCUGUUCUGGAAAGGUAAUGCAUCCAAUGACAGGGUUGAUGUGUGGCUCAUGUGUGUUCAGAAGGUUGUUGGUUUGAAUCCCAGAGUCAGUAAAGUGAUGUUACCAUUGUAA